UUAGGAGCUCAAAAAAUGUUCGACUGCUGGACAUGUUCUAACCAAAUACGCAGGCCCAGUUCACUGGGGAAAAACAUUUUUAUUUCGUACAAGGCGGAGGACGCCGCGGAAAAAAAAGUCCCCCGUUUCCUCGCCGAGAAAUCCCUUCCUCGAGCACGCGCGAGCAAAUCCGUAGCAAGCAUCGCCGCAGCCGUGAUGGCAGCGAUGAACAUUGAUCUGGGAGGAUUGGCAGGCAGGCCUACUACUUCACAGGCGGAUCCUUUUCAAAGUGCUUUGUAUGGAGCUGGACCUGAACUCAUCCGAAGUGGACUAGGAGCGUACAGUGAGAAGUUUUUAGGUUCAAGCUCUGACUUUAUGCAAAGCAAUAUCACCCAAUAUUUGUCCAAUCCACAAUAUUACUUCCAAGUGAACAACCAGUAUGUGAGGAACAAGCUGAAGGUUGUCUUGUUUCCUUUCCUGCAUCGGGGACACUGGACUAGGAUAACCGAGCCAGUGGGAGGAAGGCUGUCAUACAAACCUCCAGUUCAAGACAUCAAUGCUCCAGAUCUGUACAUCCCUCUGAUGGCUUUUGCCACCUACAUUGUAGUUGCUGGAUAUGCCUUGGGUGUUCUUGGAAGGUUUACCCCGGAGGCACUGACUAUACAGUUCACAAAAGGGUUACUCGGUUGGUUUAUGCAAGUCAUCCUCAUUAAAGCUCUACUUUACUCACUGGGAAGUGGUGAAUCGCCGUUGCUUGACAUUGUGGCAUAUGCUGGGUAUGGGUUUGCCGGUACCUCACUUGCGAUGCUUGUCCGCAUCUUCUGGAGCUACUCAUACUAUUUUUUGCUGCCGUGGUUCUGUAUCUGCACUGGAGUGUUCCUGGUUAAGACGAUGAAGAGGGUUCUGCAGGGUGCAUCGAGGACUUUUGAGAGACAUCCUAGCAGGAACCACUACUUUCUUCUAUUCCUCGCGGCUGCGCAAUUCCCCAUGCUUUUCUGGCUAGGCAACAUCAAGGGCUGAUGUUUCAGUCUUAUCUCAGAACAGGGAUAUUUUUUUCCUUUUCUUGCCUUCAAGGCGGUGGCUAAAACUUGAUCAGAAUAAAGUUUGAGAUUUUGUCUUACAGAUGAACUUUUGUAGUAGCCUUGUCUAUAGUUCAGGCUCUUAUUGGAGUGAUAAAUUUCUUGAUAGAGGACCUCAAAAAUAUGCAGUCAAUGUUAUCUUA